CAGAGAGGGACCAGGCAGGCGCCGGAGGGGAACAGCGCCGAGAAGGAAGAAGCCCAAACAAAAACGCUGUCCGGCGCCAGGCGCCCACCUACAAGCCCAAGCCGGUGCUCGGCCAGUUACAAAAGGAAAUGGUCAGGAUCGGGACAACGAUAAUGAUAGUAUUAAUCCUCUUAAGAAUCGGCCCAAACAAACCCUCGCUGUCAGCGCGGCAGGCGCCCGCCCAAACCCAGUCCUCGGUCCUGGUUCCGAGCCUGUUCCCGCUGGGUCUCUGGGCGCCCGAGUUCGGCACCUGGAGCUCGCCCCAUGAGAACAGGGUCUGGAGGCCGGCCUGGGGACAGGGGCCGAAGGGCGAGCCGGACCCUAGGGGAUUGAGGCCGAGGAAGCCGGUUCCGGGGACAGGGAACAGGGACUCAGGGACCCGAAGGCGGCGUCAGGACGCGACCGAGCAGGACCCCAGGCCCGGGAACGACGUCGCGAGCCCGGAGACUGCCGGGCCUCCCAGCCCAGCUGGCAUUCGAGCGCAGGACCGGGCGCCCCGGCACCGCCGCGCGCCACCCGCCAGGAUGCCGGUGGCCCCAGCGCCCUCAGCCGACGGAGAGCCGCUGCAGGAACGCGGAGGAGGCCUUUUCCACCGCACCCGGAGCGUUUACAACGGGCAGGAGGUGAAUACCUGGGUGAAAGUGGAGAGGCUGUUCGUGGAGAAGUUCCAUCAGUCGUUUUCCUUGGACAAUUAAAAAGUUAGGCUCCCGCAGUGCCAAGGCCUGGGGACGCUGGACGUGGGAGAGGGUUGUGGUCGUUAGCCUGGGAAAAUCAUUCUUUUAAACAAUAUUCGCCGGAAAAUUAGUUUUUUCCUAACAUUUCUCAAACAAGGCAAUUAGGGCCGUCAGAAUCGGUGCUGGACGACGAAGUCCCCACAGUGCAAUAAUGAGGUUCCCACGGAAAAUCAGUACGUUGUGUUCAUAACUGAGAUAACAGCUAGAGAAGGGGCUUUGUGCUUUUUGAGUCUCCCAAUAGUCUCUCUCUGUCUCUCUCUCUCUCUCUCUCUCUCUCUCUCUUCCUCUGACUUUCUGGGCUUUGGACACUCCCAAUGGCAUAUUUCUUUGUGAUGUUUUUAUGUUUGGAUAUAAGAAAGGAACUUCUUGUUGGAUUUUUUAAGGGAACACACUUCGUUUUGACCCUUCCAAUAAGGAAAGGGGAGCUACAGGAACAGAGAGCUCUUUAGAAGGUUACUUUUAAAUGGAGGCCCACCCUAUACAUGGUACCCACUCCCACUUGGACCUCUGAGACCUCCAGAAUUAGGCAUCAUUCUAAAAUCUGGACAUUAGAAGUCACAGACUUUGUAUAUAACCACAUAUUCAUAAUUUAUCUUUUCAAUGUUUUUUAUUCAUAGACGAAAAUCUUGCAGGCAUGGUUAAGAAAAAUAUAAUUCCUAGAAAGUACAAGGGAAGGAUUAUGUUCUGCAGAUAUAUGACUAACAAGGAUAGCUGGCCAUGCCCAGGGCUGGUGUUGGUUGAGGAGGUGGUGAUGGUGCGGGGUGUGUGUGUGUGUGUGCUUGAGGAGCUGUGGAAGUGUUCAUAUCUGUAAAGUAUUAUUUCUUGGAUGCAGACCUUAAUGGUAGGUUGAAUAACUUUGUUGCCAUAGAAGAAGAACCACACAUCAGGCUUUUUUCAUUAGCAAACCAGUAAGCACUCACUUUGGGCCUCUGAAGUCACUCCCAUCACCUAACACCAGAGAUACAAACUGAAGCUAACCCUUAAGAGCCUCCCCCCUUAAGAGAGAAUGGUUUCUCAACCAGUUUUCAUCUUUGAAAAUGCCAUUUUCCUCUUUAUCAUUGUGAUUUUUAUUCAAAUGCAUGAGUCUCUGAUUUUCUACCAUAUGCAAAGGGUAGAGACUACAGUUUCCUAUAGAAGAAACUUUACAUAGUGGCCGAAGGAUCUUAUUUCUCAAAAUUCAGGAACCGGGUUUCCUCUUUCUGGAAAUUAUGACACUAACUUGAUUUCAUGGUAUCUCUUUCAUCUUCCUCAAUACCUGUGCUGUAUGUAUAUUUUUAUCAUAUACUGUAGGUAUAUUUUUAUUACCAAAAAAGAGAAUUUGAGCAUGCCACAAUCUUGAAAAAUCUGAGGUUGCCCUGCCGUAGAACCCUUUAACUGCCAGGACGUUGUACUGUUUCCCAAGUGUUACCAGAGCCAGGCUGCCAGCCUUAUGCAGUCUGUUUACCGUAGCUGGAACCAGGGUGCUGUGCUGUGGGUUCUAUGAACCUUUCUGUUUCCUCAUAUUUGGCUUCGUAAUUCCUUUCUUAUCAGUUUUGGAGGCAUUUCCUAUUAUUCCUCUGCCAUAUGUUUUCUGCCAAAUUAAUUGCCUGAAGAUUUUCCUUAAGCUUUUGGAGAUAUAUAAUGUUUGAGGAAAAAGAAUAGACUGAGUGGAAUCGUAUCUAGUUUCAGUUAAUAACACGUUUCGGUUGCUGUUACUGUUAUAGCUACUGGGCAUAAAGUCUCCUUCCCUUUUUUGAAUCCUAUUUUUGAGGAAUUGAAGCUGUGUCUGUAAGAGACAAUAGGCCAGUUGGGUUAAAUCAGUGACGAGAUUGUCCAGUGCAGAUUGGUGCCCAGUGAGUGGAUCUUCACUGCUCACAGGCCGGACUGGGGUCAGUUCACACAGCGGGGUGAGGGUCUGCUCCUCAAGCAGUGGAUGGUGCUCUUUGGCCUUGCAGAUGCCACUCCAUUUUCCUGGCUUCGAAAUUUUCCAGAUAUUUCAGUGCCCCCAGAAUGACAUGCUAACAUUCUGCUGGCAUGGGAGCAUGAGGCAGUUUGUCUCUAAAACAUGCCAGAGAAUCUCUUGUCACCACCUAGGCAAAGAACCAGUGGCAAGGUGGCAGCCUCCCAAAGAGCUCAUCCCUAAUGUGACAUUCUGGAAUCAGACGGCACGGACACCGGCCCAGCCCAGCCCCUUCCAAGCUCUGUGACCAAGGACAAGUGACACCCCCCCUCCCCCAGCCUCGGUCUCCUCCUGUGUACAUUCAGAAGGCAGAUGCUGCCAUGGGGCCAUGUGUGCUGUGUCCGUGGUGCAAGGUGGCACACAUGCUGAGUCACCAGGUGAGACUGCUGCUUCGGGAAGGGAUAGGAAGGUUCUCAGGUAGCCUUCGUGGGCAGGAUGCCUCUUAUUUGAAUGUGCCUUUAGCCACCUCACAGAGCCUAUUUCCACAUCCCUGUGGAUUCAUCCCUGUGGAAAUCUUGAGAGUCAUUUAUCCUAUGCCGUCAUGAAGCAGCAGCAGAAUGAAGAAGGUUUAAAAAGACUCAUGGACGGGCCAAGGGGUCAAACACCUCCUGGCUCAGACGCACUUGCCUUCUCACAUGCAAGUCUGGAAGCUCAGGAUGGUGUUCACGGAGGCAGAUGCUCGGGGCCGGGGCCUGAGUUUCCUGGGGCACAGCCUCCAUAUCUGGGGUUCCCUGGACUAUGCCCUGAUAGCUCAUAACGUCCCAGCCUUAUUUGUGUUGGAGAAGGACUUGGGGAAAAGCCACCGGGAAGCAGUAAGUCUAAACAGGGAAGUGCACUGACUUGCAUGCUUUGAAGAAGAGAAGGGAGAAAAGAUACAAAGCCCUCACCUGGUUUGUCUGUAACAGUUGUUAUUUCUCAGGGGAGCUGCAUUAAUGGGCCAAGCGUGUGCAGCCGGGUGUGUGAAGCAUGCAUUUUGCAAUGGACUAUCUCCAAAAGCAGAGCGAGGUCACCCAAGAAAUCUAGAGCAAGGGAAAAUACUCAUUAGCAAAGGAAUUUUGCUGGAGCCUUGUAACGGCCGACUCAUUAUUUCCUUUCCAAGUUAUUUUGAAUGAAAUUUAAAAAAAAUCUUGCUUUCCAAGAAAUUUUGCUUGUUGGCAUAUGUUUGGUGUUUUAAUUCAGUUUGGAGGAUGAACUAGUUAAUUUCCCUGGGAGUACAUGCCUAUUAAAAAUAUAGCAUCCUGCAUCUGACCAAGAUGUUAUCUUACUAUCUUAUUGUGCCUAUCUUUUAUGCGGAGAGAGGAAGGGGGGUGUUGGGAAGGAGACCAGACUGUGGAAAUAUUUUCUUUAUUUUUUCUCUUUUUCUUCCUUUUAUAGUUUGUUUAUUUUUCAACUUGACAUGGGUAGAGAAAGCGAAUCGCUAGUAUAGAAAGCACAUCUGGAAUCCAUCCGGCCUCCUCCCUCUGGCUCACCCUCCUCCCAGCAAUGUUUCUACUUGGAAAUCGGGGGAAGGUAGGCCCCUCUGACCUUGGCAGGGUCUAACUUGGGGUCAUCCACUGCAUACUCAUCUUCCAGAAGGCGUCUUAUUCCUUCUCGACAAAAAAAAAAAAUGUGUUGGUAUUAAAAUGCUUUGAGGUAGGCUGGAUGAUCCCAGCUUAGUGAGGAUGACAUGAAAACCCUUAGCUAAUGGGGUCUUUCUUGAGUAGAACUCAGGUAAGUUCAGAUGUGAGCAGUGUCUCUCAGUAAACAUGGAAAGACUGAAGAUGCAGACAAUCAAAUACUUAAGUCUCUUGAAGAGCUGGGUGGUGGGCGGGGUCUGCCCAGGUGGUCAGGGAGAUGUGUUAGUGUAGCACUUGGAAGAAGGUGGAACGACCAGGCAAGGAUGUGCCAUGGAGGUGGGCAGUGGGAGCAGCCCAGCGUCAGUGUCAGCGUCUGUAUUGGUUAGAAGACCACCACUAAUGAGGAGGAGCGUGUCUACCCUGCAGCUGUCUGUACUCCUGUGUCUUCUGUAAUGUGCCGAGCUUUCUGAGUAUAUACAAAACUAGUCUGCAAAGAGCCAUAUGUCUCAGCAUCUGGCUUUAUUUCUAAGCGUUCAGGUGGAAUUUAAGCCAUGAUCAAAUUUACAAUGUCACUGCCAGCUCUGGACACUUACUUUUGGAAUAAAGCGAAGAGUGAAGACUAA